ACAUAUCCUUAUUAAUAAAAUGUUUUUAUUUGUAGUUUUCCAAGAAAAUUUCCUUUGAUUUUUUCCCUUAAAAUAUCCACACACAAAAAAAGAUUUUAAAAAAAGUUGCAUAAUUUGUUCCUGUUUUUGCAAGAAGAAGAAAAAAUGGAGAAUUCAUUGGGAUCUGCAUUUGUGGCUGUUUUUGCAGUUUCUGGAAGUGUUGCUCUCCUUGCUAUGAAAGUGCAUAAACAUCUUCUUUCUGAUUUUAUGAACAAAUUGGAACUUCAAAUUGAUAAAGAUCAAGCAAAGAAGAAGGUUAUGUUCUCCAAUAAAGUUGUGGAAUUGGGGUCUCAAAACAAAGAUAAAUUUGAUGAUGAGAGUUUGGAAUCUAUGCCUUUGAAUUGGCAAGUUCUUUACAAAGGAAUCCUCAAUAAUAAGAACCUUAGAGGUUAUAAUUAACAACUACAAAAAUUUAUUUAUAAGAUUAUAUAUAUUUGUUGAUUGUAAUGGGGAC